AUGGGUCGAAAGGCGAAGGCCACCAUCGUUGCCUUGUCGACCCUGAUCGCCUACGUGACCAUCAACAGUCUCAUCCGCCUUACCCACCCCCGCGCGUUCGUCUGGUACGAAGAAGACAAGGACGAGCGGUCCUGGAUCGCCAGCUCCCGCUCGUGGUUCGAUCGCAAGAGCUGCCGCUGGCUGGGCAUCUGCGGCGCGGCGCAUUUCCAAACGGCCCACGACACCUUCGGCCGUCGCAAUCCCGCCAAAUGGACCGAUCCUAAGAGCCCUGAUGAUCCUGAGUCCGACCCUCAGCCCUGGAAGUCCUACUGGUUUAGCGGCGGGUCGAAUCAUUCGUGGGAUGCUGAAGAGCGGGCUCGGCGGGAGAUCCCCGACUAUGUCUUCGACUAUGCCCCACUCGUCCAUCUUUAUUCCGGCGAACAAUUCUGGCCCGGCGAUAUAGCAGAGCAUCUCUAUCAUACCACGCCCGAGCUCAAUUACGCGCCAAUCAAAGCCCAAUGGGACCAUAUGAACCUGAGCAAUCUGGACCAGCUCAAUCAGUACCAAUGGGGUCGUCCCGUCUUUCUGACCAGCAACGAUGACCCCCAAUCGCGGCCACCGUGGUUGGAGGGAGAGCGGAAUAUUCCCCAAUCCGAUAAGAAACUGGUGAAGGAGGAGGCGUGGGCGGAUUGGGAUGGUCGAGUGGAUGGUCCGAUCCCUGGCGAUACGGCCGAGGACCGCGCGAAAUGGGAUGAUUUGCGUCGCUUUGGCAAUCAAGGCGGUGAUAAAGCGUUCAGCUGGACGUCACGUACGAAUCGCAUACUCAGAACCGAAUUGCGCAAGCGCUUUGGUGGCCAUCCGAUCCAGGUGUCUCUGCUGCAGACCUCAGGUAAAAGCCCGGGUGGCCGGAGCGAUGCACCCGCCAUCCUGGUCGUGAUGGACAAGGGGAACGGAGUGGUCGAUGCUUUCUGGUUCUUCUUCUACAGCUUCAAUCUCGGCAAUACCGUCGUCAAUGUCCGGUUCGGUAACCACGUUGGCGACUGGGAGCACUGUCUGAUGCGCUUCCACAAAGGUCAACCAAAGGCCCUCUUUUUCAGCGCUCACACUGGCGGCGAAGCGUAUCGCUAUGAGGCGGUUGAGAAAAUCGGACAACGACCCGUCAUCUACUCCGCCGAGGGAAGUCAUGCCAUGUAUGCCACGGCCGGGGUGCAUGAAUACAUUCUUCCCUGGGGCCUCCUGCAUGACGUGACAGAUCGGGGUCCGCUCUGGGACCCCUUACAGAAUAAGCAAGCCUACACCUACGACUUCGGCAACGAUACUCUCCGCGCCUCAACCGUCAAUCCCAAGUCUCCGACGGAAUGGUUCUUCUUUCGCGGCCACUGGGGCGACAAGUUUUACCCACUCGGUGAUUCACGGCAGUAUCGCUUCGCUGGACAGUAUCACUAUGUGAAUGGGCCGCUUGGCCCCCGCUUCAAGCAUCUCAACCGCCGCAAAGUCUGCCAGGGACCGGACCGGGCCGCCUGCGUGAUCAAGGACUGGAUUGGAGAGGAUCUACGGAUUCCCCGAUGGACUUCUUCUGGUCCGGGAGAGUGA